UGUCCGUAUCGGCUACCGUAGCGUAGUGACAACACGGCAAAGUACUUUGCUCGGAACCUGCCUGCGGCUUAGCUGCUAGCUUGACUGAUAAGUAGCUACCCUGUUUGUUGUGGAUGCCGACAGUCAGGCUGUGAUAUUGACAGUUGACGUCCUGAAACUUGUAGAGGAAUAUGAGGCUGAAGGAGAUCCAGAGGACUGCCCACCAGGCGUGGAGUCCCGUAGGACACCAUCCUAUCCACCUGGCCUUAGGGACAUCAGCACAACAGCUUGAUGCCUCUUUCAACACCACAGCUGCCAUAGAAGUAUUUGAGGUGGAUUUUUCUGACCCAUCUCUGGACAUGAAGCUCAAAGGGUCAUUACCCAUUGCAAACAGGUUGCACAGUAUCGUAUGGGUGAAUUUUGGAAUGGGAGCAGAUGGUACUGGAGGGAGAGUGGUUGGUGGCAGUGAAAAUGGCACAAUUACUGUAUAUAACUCCGAGGCCAUAAUGAGCUCUGGAGCAGAGACUGUAGUGGGACAGUCUGACAAACACACGGGACCCAUUCGAGCACUCGAUUUCAACCCUUUUCAGAGUAAUCUCCUCGCAUCAGGAGCAAAUGAUGCCGAGAUAUAUAUCUGGGAUCUGAACAACUUUAGCAGUCCAAUGACACCCGGAACAAAGACACAGCCCACAGAAGACAUCAGUGUUGUGUCCUGGAACAGACAGGUUCAGCACAUACUGGCCUCUGCCACCCCCAGUGGGAAAGCAGUUGUGUGGGACCUGAGGAAGAACGAGCCCAUCAUCAAGAUCAGUGACCACAGCAACCGGAUGCACUGUUCAGGAAUGCUCUGGCACCCUGACGUGGCCACUCAGUUGGUGUUGGCCUCUGAAGAUGACCGACUGCCAGUCAUCCAGAUGUGGGACCUCCGUUUUGCCACAUCACCCCUUAAAGUCCUUGAGAACCACACAAGGGGAAUUCUGUCCAUAUCCUGGAGCCAGGCUGACUCUGAGCUCCUACUGAGUAGCGCUAAAGACAACAGGAUCCUCUGCUGGAACCCAAACACUGGAGAGGUCAUUUACGAGCUUCCAACAACAAACCAGUGGUGUUUCGAUGUCCAGUGGUGCCCCAGGAAUCCAGCCCUGCUUUCAGCUGCCUCAUUUGAUGGGAGAAUCACUGUCUACUCUGUGAUGGGAGGGAGCUUGAAGGCUCAGCAGCAAAGCACUGCUGAUAAGAUAUCCUCCUCAUUUGAUACAAUGGAUCCCUUUGGUACAGGGCAGGUGCUGCCUCCCCUGCAAGUUCCUCAGCCUACAGUGCAGGACACCAUAGUUCCCCCUUUGAAGAAACCACCUAAGUGGGUGCGCAGGCCAGUGGGAGCUUCCUUUGCUUUUGGUGGAAAGCUAAUAACCUUUGAGAAUCCAAAGCUGCCUCCAGUACAGAGCCCCCAGCCCGUCCCAAGGCAAGUGUUUGUGAGCCAGGUUACAACGGAGACAGAAUUCCUCCAGCGCUCCAGGGAGCUGCAGGCGGCGCUGCAAUCGGGCUCCUUCAACAACUACUGCCAGGCUAAGAUUCAGAACGCCAAGUCAGAUGCUGAGCAGGACAUAUGGAAGUUCCUUCUGGUAAACUUUGAGGAUGAAGCCCGCGUUAAAUUCCUUAAACUUUUGGGUUUCAGCAAAGAUGAACUGGAGAAAAAGAUUUCAAAAUGUCUGGGGAAGAGUUUUCAGCACAAUGGACAUGGAGUAGAUGCCAAAGAUCUGGCCGAAAAGAUGCAGCGGCUCUCCACUGAGAGGUCUGAUGAGUCUGUUGAUGCGAGAACCUCGGGAUCUGGUUCACCAGCGGACUUCUUUAGUCAGACCCCAAAGGAGAACUCCAAUUUCCAGAUACCUGUGUCAUGUGAUACCGAUGGUUUGAUAAGCCAAGCGCUGCUGGUUGGUAACUUUGAGGGAGCCGUGGAUCUGUGUCUGAAUGAUGGUCGCUAUGCUGAAGCCAUCCUGUUGUCAAUCAGUGGAGGGGAGGAGCUGCUCAAGAAAACUCAGCAAAAAUACCUAAGCAAGCAAAAGAACAGUAUUUCAAUGCUUAUAUCAUCAGUGGUGACCCAGAAUUGGAGAGACAUAGUGCAAAGCUGCGAGUUGGACAAUUGGAAGGAGGCGCUCGCUGCUCUGCUGACCUACGCUCACCCUGAAGAUUUUGCGCGUCUGUGCGAUACCCUGGGAGGCCGGUUGGAGCAUGAGGGAACAGAGAAGCGCUGCCUGCAGGCCUGUCUGUGUUAUAUCUGCUCUGGGAACAUUGAGAAGCUAGUGGAGUGCUGGGCGGUGCAUAGAGACAGCUCCACCCCUCUUGGUCUGGAGGAUCUGAUUGAAAAAGUAAUGAUGUUGCGUAAGUCAAUUGAACGCCUCCGCAACAGUGAAGUGGCAGUCCAGAGCCCCAUCCUGGCUGAGAAGCUGACCUCUUAUGCUGGCAUUCUGGCUGCAGAGGGCAGCCUGGCCACUGCCAUGACCUAUCUGCCUGAGAACUCAGACCAACCCGGGAUCACGAUGCUGAGAGACAGGCUGUUCCGCGCUCAGGGAGAGGCUGCCGUUGGACAGCAGCCUUCAAACUCCUUCAACAGAGUCAAUGUGUCCACAGCCAAGACUCCUGCACCAAAAGCACAAGUAAUGAAUCAGUACCAGCCUUCCGCUCCUUCCCAGAUGGCCCAACAGCAGCCUCCUGUGCCGUCAGUUUUUACACCACAAGGUGCUCCGACCUGUACCGGUCCUGGUCUGCCACCUUCUUCUCAUGUACUGCCGCCCAGUGCGACCCGCCCUGCCAUGAGGCCUUCCUACCCCCAACAUCCUGCUCCGGCUCCAGGUUUCCUUCCUCAUCAGCAAUUCCAGCCUCAGUCUAUGCCCACUGGCGUGCCCUCUGCCUUCCCUCCUCCAGGUCCUUCUAUGCCAGCUGCCAACCUAUCAGGACCUCCACUACAGCCUUCAUCAUCCACCCCCAGAGGCAUGCCCCCCAUGCCUAGCCCCGGGGUGCCGCCGUCAAGCUUCAUGACACCUACCUCUUUAUCCUCACCCUCCAUGCCACCCAACUCCCAACAUGGAGGCUCAGUUCCCAUGUACCCAGGGGGCCUCCACAACCAGGGGCCUGCUUCCCACAUGGCAUCUGGUCCAUAUUCCCCUCUUGGAUCAGGGUAUCCACAGGGAGGACCUGGUGCCCCCGCUGUAAAACCGUUUUCAGCCCCUGCUGUUGCCCCUCCUCCUACAGGACAUCAAGAAGGCUGGAAUGACCCACCAGCAGUACGAGGUGGACCCAGGAAGAAGAAGGUCCCUGAUAACUAUACUCCACCAGCCCCCAUCACUGCGCCUGUGAUGGGAUUCCCUGUGGAGGCCCCUCAGCCCCAAGACCAUGCCCAAGUCCCCCCUGGAGCCCCCCAAGAGCCCAGCGUGCAGCUCCUCCAGCAGCUGCCAGCAGAGAGGGUGGAGCAGAAAGAAAUCCCUGCUGAACACAUGGUCCUCAAAUCCACCUUUGACAGCCUGGUGCAGCGCUGCCAGCUAGCAGCAAGAGACCCACAAACAAAAAGGAAACUUGAUGAUGCAGCCAAACGUUUGGGAUAUCUUUAUGACAAGCUGAGGGAGCAGUCGCUCUCUCACAACAUCCUGAACGGGCUCCACGAGAUCAGCCGCUGUGUGGCAAGCCAGAACUACCAACGGGGUCUGGAGGUCCACACCCAGGUGGUCAGCAGCAGCAACUUCAGCGAGAUCUCCGCCUUCAUGCCCAUCCUCAAAGUGGUCAUGACCAUCGCCAACAAGCUUGCCGUCUAACCUCUGGGGACACCACCAGGCAGACUUCAGUGUUAUCAUAAUGUUAUAUAUGUAUUUAUUUCUUAUCGACCAGAUGACGUGCUUUGAUAAUGACAAUAAUUACUGAUGAUAGUGCUGAUUGUGGUCUUCAUCACUCCAUACAUAUUCCUUCCUGGAGGGACUUGGCUGAUUUGGGCAGUGAGGUGGAUUUUUUUGUAGAGAUUUGUUAAUGUUGCCGUGGUAAUUUUACGAUAAGGUGAAUGUAUUCUGAAAGUUGUGAUUCUGUGUAAAUUCAACAGUUGAUGUAAUGUACAAAGCAAGUGGUGCAAAGUUUGAAUCAAGGCGGUGUUUGUACAAGUAGAUGCAUUUUCAUACUCCAUAUUUCACUCAACAUGUGCAUAUUUUUGACUGUUGUCAAAGUUUUGAUUGAAUGCACAUGCAGUGCUCCAACUGCAAAAACAAAACAUCUGGCAACUCCUACAUCUAGGAUAGGGGUAAAAUCAUGAGUAUAAAAUUUGGGUCGCACUUAACUCUAUACUGUCUGUGUAGUUUGUAUGAGGGAGAAACAUACUGAGACACCUGUUCUUUCUUUUAAGUGUCUUUCAUUUUACAUGCAUCAAGAGCAUUCGAAAAUACUGUAACAUAAAUACUGAUUGUUCUCUCCUGCUGAAACAGAUUGUGUCCAGUUGAUUGUGCCAUGGGGCUUUUUGGGGGGCCAAAGCGCUGCAGAAGAAUAAUUUACUGGUUGUUCUUCCCCCCCCCCACUCCAUUUUGUGUUAACUUGGCCCCAUUAGCCUAAUUCCCUGUUAGCUUAUGUGAACAGCUGAAUCUUUUUUCUUUUCACCCUCAGACUUGUAUCAGUGUGCAUGUUUCCCAUGUUAACUCCUUCACUCACUGCUGAGUUCACAUGGCAGCUCAUACGCAAAAAUUGCAUUAAUUUAUGUUAAAUUUGCAAAUGAAUCCCUCCAUGUUAGUCACUCCCUCUGUUACCCAGGCUGCACCUAAUCCUUUUGUAACUCUGAAUUAUUAUUUUUUAAACAUACUUGUUUUAGAAUAGAUCAUUCAGUGAUAACAAACUAAAAUGAACUGAAAACAUAGGUACAAGGUUUGUAGAUGGACAUAAAACUGGGUAGUUUGGUGCAUCAUGGCAGCAGAAGGCAGUCAAGUGCCUCUGUGCUCAUUUUGGUUGCACAGAUAUUUAUACAAUCCAUGUUGCAUUACUUUACUCAUUGCUGUAUCUUUUUUUCAAAUAAAAUUUCACUUCAAUGGUUUUGAGA